AAUCCAUCUGUGCCGAGUUACCUGUCAGAGGUGCUCAGUACCAGCCAGAUUGCAUUUUACUGAGAGGGACAGAGAGAGAGAAAGCGCUGGAAGAAUGACGGAAGAAGUUAAAAUGUCUUUUUUUAAGGAAGUGGAGCUCAAGAUCGAGAGCAACAACGCUAAACACCGCACCAAUGAAAUCACAAACAAGGAGCUGAUCGUGAGACGAGGCGAACCCUUCACUGUGUUCCUUAAACUGACAGAAUCUUUCCACGCUGACCGUCACCCGCUCACAGUUGUUGCACUGACUGGUGUUCAGCCGUGUGAAGAACGUGGGACAAUUUCGUACUUUGGUAUCCCAGACAAUGUGCAGCGUUCAACAUCAGCAAAGGCGGUGUGGAAGAUAAAGCUUAAAAAGGAGUCCUACCCAAAAAAGGGCAUCUUGCAUCUGGCCAUUACUCCAGCAGCUGACACUCCCAUAGGAGAAUUUAUACUGACCAUAAAAUACAAGGACGAAGAAACAUUGCUGGCAAUAGCCACAGUGCUUUUUAACCCCUGGUGUGCUGAUGACUCAGUGUUUCUCCCUCUUGAGGAGGAAAGACAGGAGUAUGUCAUGAAUGAACAGGGGAUCAUCUACAGAGGAAGUGCAAUGUACCACUUUCCGCUUUCCUGGGACUUUGGACAGUUUGAAGACGACAUGGUGAGGAUUUGUAUGAAGAUAUUGGACCGCAGCGUCAAACACAUUGAAGACCCAGCUGCCGAUCGUGGCGAUCGUUGUGAUCCUAUCUACGUCAGUCGUGUGGUCAGCGCCAUGAUCAACUCUACAGAUGACUCGGGCGUCCUGGAAGGAAGCUGGGGUUCUUCAUUUGAGGGCGGUUUCUCACCCUCUCACUGGAAUGGCAGCCAUGCCAUCCUUAAGGGAUGGUUUAAUAGAGACUGCCACCCAGUCAAGUAUGGCCAGUGCUGGGUGUUUGCUGGUGUAAUGUGUUCAGUGAUGCGUCUUCUGGGCAUCCCCUGCCGCGUUGUCACCAACUUCGAGUCGGCCCAUGACACCAACAAGAACCUGAUCAUCGACACAUACCACGCCGACUAUGGUGUUGCAGAGAAAGAUUCCCCUGACAGUGUUUGGAAUUUCCAUGUGUGGGUGGAGGGGUGGAUGAAACGUCCAGACCUGGCAGAAAAUGGGAAAUAUGAUGGCUGGCAAGUUGUGGAUCCAACACCACAGGAGGCGAGCAACGGCUUGUACUGCUGUGGUCCAGCCUCAGUCAAGGCCAUACGGAAUGGAUUUGUUGACCUUAAAUAUGAUGCCCCGUUUGUCUACGCUGAAGUUAAUGCAGACUGUAUUGACUGGCUGGUCAAAGCUGACGGAUCAAAAAAACAGAUCUUCUCUGAUACCAAAAGAGUUGGCGCUGCCCUGGUCACCAAGUGUGUCGGCAGCAACAAGAAGAAAUACAUCACAAAGAAAUACAAGUUCAAAGAGGGAUCAAAGAAGGAGAGAGCUGCCUUCAAGUACGCCGUCCUCGAGUUAGAGGAGGGUGACGAGGUUGAGGAGGACAGUGAGGAUGAUGAUACCUCUGGAGGUACAGAUGAAGAAACCCCAGAUGUCAUUAUUCCACCAUCCCCAUUGACCAUGCGAUUUGAAGAGGUAGCCAAGCCGAAGAACGGUGAGGAUGUGAACCUGAGGUUGGUGCUCCACAGCGAGAGCAGUUUUGCCAGGCCACUGUCGAUCGCGAUCAGUGUUCAGGUCAUGAGACACAAUGGUACACCAGCUGUGAACCUCCAGAAGGACGUAAAGGAAGAGACACUGCAGCCUGGGAAAGAUCUCACCAUUCCUAUCCUGAUUCCGUUCUUGGCCUACCACAAACCGAUGUUGGAGGGUGAAAGCAUGAAGGUUUCAGCUAUGGUCACAGACCUGAAAGAGCCAGGCAAUGUUUACCUGGCUGAAGACGACAUUGUCCUGAUCGAACCUCCCAUCAUCAUCCAAGUGGAUUCCAGUGAGGUCAAAUUCCACAAAAAUGUAAAAGUGGCCGUCAUUUUCAAGAACCCAGCAAACGAGAUACUGACGGACUGCAAACUGACUCUGUCAGGGAGUGGACUAUUAAGAGACGAGACCAUAACCAAGCUUCCAGACCUUCCUCCUAAAUGCCAGUUUCGUAUCGGAGUCCACUUCAUUCCCUACAGGAAGGGAAAGAAGACUCUCCUGGUCGACUUGGACUGCAAGACCUUCAGAGACAUCAAGGGCACCUGCACUGUCAACGUCACUGACUAGACAUCAGUGUCGCUGAGCAACAAUCUGAAACAAAACAUCAAUUGCAUAGCUUUCUUUCUUUAAUGAUCACAUUUGAAACUAUUUAGUUUACGUUGGGGAUACGUGCAUGCAAAAUCUCUUUAUUCAGCUUUGAUUCUUGGGCUCACGAUUUGAUUGAAAAUCUGCAAAUGUUCCCAUUCCACUGCAUUAGACAAAGAAAAAAAUCUUAUCCAAGUGCUAUCUAUGCGAGCUGUUAAAUCCAAAACGUGAUCAAAUGGCUACCAUCAUUGAAUUAGUUUCUCUGUGCCUCUUUGCUAGUGGUCACUGAUGGCACCACAACUCUGCCACUCCAUCUACAGCUUUUAUGACUGUAACAUGCCAAGACAUUACAGGAAUUAUAAAUUGAUUCUUUGGAAUUUAAGACUCAAUUAUGACUCCAUGAAAAUACAUGUGAAUCCAAAUAAUGUGAAUCGCUUUUUUAGUUUAGUUCAGUGUUGAGUUUUGAAAUGCACCUGCAUAUGGUUUGACGACUUCAGAAACCUUACAACUUAUGCAUGCAUAUGAACUCGUACGUGGUGCAUAUAACUGACACGUGUUCAUAAAAAGUCAUCAAUUAAAUCAAAACAGCCCUGUCAUCCUCUUCACUGAUCUUACCCCAGCUUCUCAGACCACAGCGAGCUCUGCUGGACACACAGUGUAGUGCAGUUGCAGUCAGAAUUUGAACUGAUCUCCAUUCUCCACAAUAGAAACCAAACCGCUUGUGCUCUAUCUCUCUUGUGGUGCAUUUAGGGCUGUUGAAAAUGUGAGCUUUUCUCUCAGCUUUUUGGUGGUAUAUUGUAGUUUCUAACGAGAUUGACUUCAUUGUUCAACGGAUCUGUGUUUAUUCAUUUUUAACAUUUUAUUUUAUGAUGCUGGGGGUUCUCUUUUUUUAACUCAUCACUGUGUGGGUCUUUCCCCUUUGAAAAACCUCUUUAAUUCUGUUGUAUUGAGUACUACCAGGGAUGGUAUUGGAAAUUAGCAACUACAGGGAUGUGAAUGAUGGCUAGGUCUCUAUGAUUGUAUGUCUCUAUAAAAUGAGUGUGAAUGUAAUCGUAAUAAAAUAUCAAAAAAAUAAAUAAAACUGGGGACUGCUGCAUUUAAACUACAGUGAACAGUCA